AUGGAAAAUAAUAGUUAUUUUGGAGAGCCAAACAUGGGAAAUGAUAGAGCAAGUGGAUCUUCUUCUUCAAGGAAAGGGAAGAAGAACAAUCAAGAUAAACCAAAGCAACCACAAAGAGGAUUAGGUGUUGCUCAAUUAGAGAAAAUAAGAUUACAUGGUCAAAUAGCUUGUGGUUAUCAUCCUCCUCUACAAGGCCCUUACACAUCUAAUUUCAAUAAUGAAGAUCCAAGAGUUCAAACACCAUAUUCAUCAUUGCCAUCAUCAUCUUUUUCUUACUCUUCUUCAUCGACAUCAUACUCGGCUUCAUAUGGCUUCCAACCCAACAUUGUGAUGGGUCUACCCGAAUAUGAAACAACAAACAUCACAUAUGGAGAUUCUCAGCCAACUAAUACAACAAGAUGGGAACAUGCUAAUGCCAUUGCUCAACCCACCAUAACUAGACCCUUACUUAACCUAUAUGACUCACAACACAUAGAUACCAAGAAGCAUAGAAGUGGCUCCGUGGGCUCAAGCAGUCGGAACUCUGAAUCAAGUGACACUCAAGAACCAGAUUUGGAGCUAAGAUUAUCUCUAUGA